AUGGGGGUAAGUGGUCUUAAUAAAGUGCCUAAGUGCCACAAGUUCCGUGAAGCCAGUAAAAGUGCCUUCUUUAUAAAGGUCUUUGACACAGCAAUCCUCAAUCCUGCAAGCUACGGAAUUGAGGCUAAUGGACAGGAGGACUUCAUGGUUCUUGGAGGCCCUCUGAGAAAUCAUCUGCAGAGAGCAUUAGGGGUGAAUGGUGUUUUUGACUGCAGUCAUCCCAUACCUCCAGGCUCUAUACAGUACUUUGAGUCCCUCCAGAGCAAAGGUGUGACCCACUUCAAAAUACCGCUGUCAUGGGCUCAACUCCUGCCUACAGGACACCCCAGCCAGCUCCAACAGACUGUGGUUACCUGCUACCAGACCCUGCUGGCACAGCUGCUGAAGGUGGGCCUUCAACCUCUGGUCAUCCUCCAUGGAUCCACAGUGCCAGAAGCUCUGAGGUCAAGGUAUGGAGGUUGGGAGAGCCAGGAGCUGGUAGACAUGUUUCAGCAGUAUGCUGAGUUUGCCUUCCAGGAGUUUGGAGCACUGGCACACUUAUGGGUGACCCUGAGUGACCUGGACAAAGUUUUGCAUGAUGGGCAGCCUUCAGGCACUUCUAGUGCUCUGCAAAAUAUUCUCCAACUCAAUAAGAACAUUUACCAAUUCUACCAUCAACGGUUCCCUGACAAAGCAUUGAGCGUCGAUGAUGAAAUGAAUUUUAUUGGGUGUGAUGUAAUGGCGAUGUUAGGUGUACUGGAUACGCAUAACUUCCCAACCAGUCAUGGAAUUUCAGACUACCGUGGAUUUGCAGCAUCUAAAUUUAGUUAUAAGAAUGUUUGGAAUAGGUUUGGGACCCAGACCACAACAGAACGAGAUCAUUUCUUAAAUGAAUCUUUUCCUGUUGACUUCCAAUGGGCCACCUCCAGUGAGUCCUUUAAGGUUGAGGGAGGCUGGUUAGAAGAUGGGAAGGGAGAGACCAUCUGGGACCGUUUUGGUCAUGAAAACAAGGUUUUUGACAAUCAGACAGCUGAUCUGGCUUGUGACAGUUACCACAAGGUGGAUUAUGAUGUCUACCUCCUGCGAGGUCUUAAUGUCAACACCUACCAAUUUUCUAUCUCCUGGGCCCGCAUUUUCCCCUCAGGCCACUGGGGCAGUCACUCAGAGAAAGGGGCUCUCUACUAUGACAAGCUGAUCAAUGCUCUCAUUGAGUCUGGCAUACAGCCUGUUGUCACUCUCUACCACUGGGAUCUGCCCCAGGCUCUCCAGGACUCUGGUGGAUGGACCAACACUUCCAUUGUUGAAGCCUUCAAGGACUAUGCAGACUUCUGCUUCUCCAGGUUUGGAGACCGGGUCAAAACCUGGAACACAUUCAGUAGUCCCUGGGUGGUGAGCCAUGCUGGGUAUGGCACUGGUGAACAUCCUCCUGGUGUAAAAGACUAUGUGGUUGCUUCCUAUCAGGUCACUCACAAUAUACUCAAGUCCCAUGCUGAGGCCUGGCAUAUCUACGAUGACAAGUACAGGAAGACACAAAGUGGGAAAGUAGGCAUUGCAUUAAACUCUGAUUGGGCUGAGCCCAUGAACCCAUCCAGACCUGAAGACAUAGCAGCUGCAGAUCGCUACCUGCAGUUCAUGCUGGGCUGGUUUGCACAUCCCAUAUUUGUAAAUGGAGAUUAUCCUGCAACUCUAAAGACUCAGAUAGAACAGAAAAAAAAUAAGUGUCCCCAUUCUGAGCCUGCAAGGCUUCCAGUUUUCACUCCUGAAGAGAGCCAGAGGAUACGUGGAACUGCUGACUUUUUUGGUUUAAACCAUUACACCUCCCGGUUGGUCAACAACAGUGAUGGUGGCUGCACCCCUGGUCCACAAGGGGUGGGUGACUUCCAGGCACACGUUGAUCCUUCAUGGUCCGUAGCAGCUUCUGACUGGAUCUAUUCUGUACCAUGGGGUCUCCGAAGACUUCUAAACUAUAUUUCCACAGAAUACUUGAAUGUUACCAAAGUGCCUAUCCAUAUAACUGGGAAUGGUAUGCCUACUCAGUACGGUGGGGACACUCUCAAUGACAGUCAUCGAAUAGAGUACAUGAAGAGUUACAUCAAUGAGGCCCUGAAAGCAAUAAACUUAGAUGGAGUGGAUGUGCAGCGAUUCACAGUGCAGUCACUCAUGGAUGGAUUUGAGGGAAAACAAGGCUACAGCCAAAGAUUUGGUCUUCACCAUGUCAACUUUCAAGAUGCAGACAGACCAAGAACCCCAAAGCAAUCUGCAUAUUUCUUCUCUCAGGUUAUCAAGCAAAAUGGAUUUGGUUUACGCAAAAGUCAUGUCUUUAAAGAGGCAGAGAUGCAACUUCCCCACCGUCCAACUGCUUUAUCACCCUCAGAGGUUCCCUCUAAAUCAAAGGUUGUCUGGGAGAAAUUCUCACACCAGUCAAAAUUCCAAAGAAAACUCUAUCACUACGGCACUUUCUCACAAGGCUUCAAUUGGGGAGUAUCGUCUUCGGCUUACCAGAUUGAAGGUGGCUGGGAUGCUGAUGGGAAGGGACCUAGUGUCUGGGAUACUUUCACCCAAAAACCUGGCAGUAUUCCUGCCAAUGCCAAUGGGAAUGUGGCCUGUGACAGCUACCACAGACUGGAAGAAGACCUCUACAUGCUGCGAGCUCUGAAAGUAAAGACAUAUAGAUUUUCUCUGUCCUGGUCCAGGAUCUUUCCUGAUGGUCAGAAUACCUCCCUGAACCAGAAAGGUGUUGACUACUACAACAGACUCAUUGAUGGCCUCAUAGCAUAUAACAUCACUCCCAUGGUGACACUCUAUCACUGGGACCUCCCUCAAGCUUUGCAAAACAUCAGUGGUUGGGAAAAUGUAAACAUGAUUAAUAUUUUUAAUGACUUCUGUGACUAUUGCUUUGCUACUUUUGGUGACAGAGUGAAAUUUUGGAUGACCUUCAACCAGCCUCACACAAUUGCAUGGUCAGGAUAUGGACUUGGAACAAUCCCACCAAAUGUUAAGAAUCCAGGCACUGCACCGUACAACAUUGCACAUAACCUUAUAAAAGCACACGCCAAGGCUUACCACACAUACGAUGAUAAGUAUCGCAAAUCCCAAGGUGGUCUAGUGUCCAUUGCCCUCAAUGCUGAUUGGGUUGAACCUAAAGAUGUUAAUGUUCCUCGUGAAGUGGUGGCUGCUGACCGUGCUCUGCAGUUCCAACUAGGUUGGUUUGCACACCCUAUCUUCAAGAAUGGUGAUUAUCCUGAUGCAAUGAAGUGGCAAGUUGGAAACAAAAGUGAACUCCAAGGUCUUCCAGAAACAAGACUACCUUCCUUCACUGAAGAAGAAAAGAACUUAAUCAAGGGAACUGCUGAUAUGUUCUGUAUAAAUCAUUACACAACAAAGAUAGUAAGCCAUCUUACAGCCCGGCUUACCCCUCAAUCUUAUAAAUAUGACAUGGACGUGUCCGAAGCAGAGGAAGCAGAUUCACCAACUACUGCCAUCAGUAACCAGAGAGCUGUAGCAUGGGGCUUGAGAAGACUCCUCAACUGGAUCAAAGAGGAGUAUGGGGAUCCAGAGAUUUAUGUUACUGAGAAUGGAGUAGCUACAGACAUUAAGACAACUUGGGAUGACGCUACCAGAGUAUUUUAUUACAAGACCUAUAUUGAUGAGGCUUUGAAAGCCUAUGACCUCGAUGGUGUGAAGGUGAAAGGAUACAUUGCAACAUCUCUCAUGGAUUCUUUUGAGUGGCUUAAUGGCUACAAGGUUGGAUUUGGGUUACACCAUGUUAACUUCACAAACCCAAAUCGGCCAAGGACACCCAAGUACUCAGCUCAGUUCUACUACCAAGUCAUAAAAGACAAUGGUUUCCCUACACCAGAUGACGAGAAGCUACUUUAUGGACAUUUCCGCAAAGAUUUUAUUUGGAGUACUGCAACAGCAUCAUACCAGAUUGAAGGGGGAUGGAGAGCUGAUGGAAAAGGUCUCAGCAUCUGGGACAAGUUUGCUCACACUCCUCUCCGAGUGUUCAAUGAUGACAAUGGGGACAUAGCCUGUGACAGUUACAAUAAAGUAGAAGAAGAUGUUGCUAUACUGAAGCAACUCAAGGUGACCCAUUAUCGUUUCUCCAUAUCCUGGCCAAGGGUGCUUCCUGAUGGUACCACCAAGCACAUUAACGAGGCUGGACUCAACUACUACCACAGACUAGUGGAUGCACUACUUGCUGCAAACAUCCAACCUCAUAUCACUCUCUACCACUGGGAUCUUCCGCAAGCUCUGCAGGACAUUAAAGGAUGGGAGAAUGAGACUAUUAUUGCCAAAUUCAGGGAUUAUGCUGACCUUAUUUUUAGCCGUCUUGGCGACAAAGUGAAAUUUUGGAUUACCAUUAAUGAGCCUUACAAUAUAGCCAAUGUAGGCCAUGGCUAUGGAGCAGCUGCCCCAGGGAUCAGUUUUCGACCAGGCACUCUACCCUACAUUGUGGGUCACAAUCUGCUUAAAGCUCAUGCGGAGGCCUGGCAUCUCUACAAUGACAAGUACAGGGCCAAACAGGAAGGAAUUAUCUCCAUCACCAUCAACUCUGACUGGUCAGAACCCAGGAAUCCCUAUAAGCAGGAGGACAUUGAUGCUGCAAGACGUGUGGUGCAGUUUUACAUUGGCUGGUUUGCCCAUCCUGUAUUUAAUGGACACUACAGCAACAUGAUGAAGACAAUCAUUCGAGAGCGAAGCUUAGCUCAUGGUCUGCCAAAAUCUCGGCUGCCCGAGUUCACUCCUGAAGAGAUUAAGAGGAUUAAGGGUACUUAUGAUUAUUUUGGGUUCAACCAUUACACCACUGUGCUGGCAUUCCCUGUGGACUACGGAGAUCUUCAGCACUAUGAUGCUGAUAGGGGUGCAGGAACUAUUGCUGAUCGCAUCUGGCCGGAUUCAGGUUCAUCUUGGCUGAAGGUCUCACCGUUUGGAUUCCGAAGGAUAUUAAAGUUCAUUAAGGAGGAGUAUGGAAAUCCACCUAUUAUCAUCACAGAAAAUGGCAUGUCAGAGCGGGGACCUAUUGACCUAAAUGAUGUUCCUAGGAGCUACUACUAUGAAAAAUACAUCAACCAGGUGCUGAAAGCUUACUUGGUAGAUAAUGUGGAUAUCCGUGGAUACACAGCUUGGUCGCUGAUGGACAACCUGGAGUGGGCUACUGGCUUUUCAGAGAGAUUUGGCCUUUUCUAUGUCAAUCACUCGGACCCUAACUUGUCUCGUGUGGCCAAGAAUUCUGUUUCCACCUACUCCACCAUUAUAAAUUGCAAUGGAUUCCCUGACCCUGCUUUGGGACCCCAUGAGUGCUUGAAUCCUAUCCCUGAAGGAACAAGUGUGCCGACCACAACCACUCCCUCAGACAAUGCAGUGAGCUUCCUGGGUAUGACGCUUUCUAUCAGUGAUGCUGAGACUGGACUGAACACCAUAUUUGCUUUAAUAAUUGUUGCACUUUUUGGAGUUAUUUGUUUAUCCUUUUUCUUAUAUAAGGCAAAAAAGGGCAAGAAAACAAUGUUGAUUGGUUAAACAUAAAGAAAAAAACCAACAUACACUGAACUGCCUCAGUAAACAUCUGAGCAGCAUAUUUAUAUAAACAUAAUUUUAUAAAACUUGGUGAAGGUAUUCAUUGCAGGCAAGUUCUUGUACUAAUGGCUGAUUCAACAAAUAUGAAUAUAUCAAAUAUGUUACUGCUAUUCUCGAAGCUAUGAUUAAAAGGAUAUACAAUUCUCUCAUGAUCCAUGUUAUUGUACCCUGUAACUGUAUCACUAAUUACCAAAUAGUAUG